GUGUGUGUGUGGGUGUGUGUGUGUGUGGUGUGUGUGUGUGUGUGUGUGGUGUGUGUGUGUGUGUGGUGUGUGUGUGGUGUGUGUGUGUCAGCACUGAGGAAGUGUGUGUUGGAGCAGUUGAAGAUAAAAGCCAGUGGGUUGAAGCUCCUCGGUUCCUGAACGUUCUCUCUCUCUCUCUCAGUCAGGAUGUCCAUUACGAAGAUCCACGCCCGUGAGAUCCUGGACUCCAGAGGGAACCCCACCGUGGAGGUCGACCUCUACACCUCCAAAGGUUUGUUUCGAGCUGCUGUUCCGAGCGGAGCUUCAACCGGAGUUCACGAGGCUCUGGAGCUCAGAGACGGGGAUAAAUCCCGCUACCUGGGCAAAGGAACUCAGAAGGCCGUGGAUCAUGUAAACAAGAUCAUCGCUCCCAAACUCAUCAAGAAGUUCAGUGUGGUUGAGCAGGAGAAGAUUGAUGCGUUCAUGAUCGAGCUCGAUGGAACUGAGAACAAAUCUCAGUUUGGAGCUAACGCUAUACUGGGCGUGUCUCUGGCCGUGUGUAAGGCGGGAGCUGCAGAGAAAGGAAUUCCACUCUACAGACACAUCGCUGAUCUCGCCGGCAACAAGAACGUCAUCCUACCUGUACCGGCGUUUAACGUGAUUAACGGAGGCUCUCAUGCCGGGAAUAAACUGGCCAUGCAGGAGUUCAUGAUUUUGCCGGUGGGAGCGAAGAGUUUCGGCGAGGCCAUGAGGAUCGGGGCCGAGGUUUAUCACAACCUCAAAAACGUCAUCAAAGCCAAAUACGGCAAAGAUGCCACCAACGUGGGGGACGAGGGGGGGUUCGCCCCAAAUAUCCUGGAGAAUAACGAGGCUCUGGAUCUGUUGAAGAGUGCGAUCGAGAGAUCCGGCUAUCCUGAUAAGAUCGUGAUCGGGAUGGACGUGGCGGCUUCAGAAUUCUACAGAGAUGGAAAAUACGACCUGGACUUCAAAUCUCCCGACGACCCCAAACGCUACAUCAGCGGAGAGGAGCUGGGAGCUCUGUACAGGAGCUUCAUCAGGGACUACCCAGUCCUGUCGAUCGAGGACCCCUUUGAUCAGGACGAUUGGCAGAACUGGGCGUCGUUUACAGACUCGGUUGAUAUUCAGAUUGUUGGAGAUGAUCUGACUGUAACGAAUCCCAAACGGAUCCAGCGAGCGGCCGAGAGGAACGCCUGUAACUGUUUACUACUGAAGGUCAAUCAGAUCGGAUCAGUCAGCGAGUCCAUCCGGGCCUGUAAGCUGGCCCAGUCGAACGGUUGGGGUGUGAUGGUGAGCCACCGCUCAGGUGAGACGGAGGACACGUUCAUUGCUGAUCUGGUGGUUGGACUCUGUACUGGACAGAUCAAGACCGGCGCCCCCUGCAGGUCAGAACGACUCGCUAAAUACAACCAGCUCCUGAGGAUCGAGGAGGAUCUCGGCGCUCAGGCUAAAUACGCCGGACUGGAGUUCCGUCACCCCAGAGUGAACUGAGGAGCUUCAUGGAUCUACAGGAGAACCUGAUCAUCACGUGUUUAUGGUUUAACACCUGAAAUAAACCACCAUGGUGUUAAUGUG